AUGAGUGACUCGAGGAUAUCACAGAAAGCGCAGCAUCUGGCUCGUAUUCGGGACAACCAACGACGCUCACGUGCUCGUCGUAAGGAAUACCUGCAAGAGCUCGAGACAAAGCUGCGCACCUAUGAGCAGAUUGGCAUUGAGGCUUCAUCAGAGAUUCAGAGCGCUGCGAGGACAGUGCUCGAGGAGAACCGCAAGCUCAAGGCUAUCCUCCGCGACCAAGGAAUGUCCGAGCAAGAAGUGUCAGCCGCCUUAGAAAACACUCCAGACCAGCACAGCAAGCAAAUUCCUGCGGCAUCGAGGCUGAGUGCAAUGCUCGAAGGGAAAACCAAGCCAGACCCAACCGCCUCGACAACCACCUACAUAGCUUCCCACGCAAAGCCCAUGUUAAUCCCUCGACACACGCCGCCAGUCCAAACCAUCAGUUCCCUACCUCCACGAUCCACGGAUUUCAGUUACGAUGAUUCACCCAGCCCUGGCUCCAUAGUAUCAGCUAUGAGCACCCCGCCUCCUUCUUCCUAUUCCACCACGUUCUAUGCCGCACCGUCAACUCCACCUGGCACCGAGAUCAAGAUAGAGGACGUCACCUACGACUAUCCCUACAACCGCCCAUACAACAGCUCUUGGACUCAUUCGGGAGAUUUUGGCUAUCCGGCGGAUCCAUUCAACUACUACAACCGCUCCACAUGCGUCGAAGCCGCCAACAUUGUGAGCACAGCGCGAUCGGACCCUGGGACAGAGCUGGACACUGGUAUGGGAUAUCGCUAUCCUGACCAAUACGGCCAAAUGAACAAUGCGGCACUUCUGAUGAAUGGCUACUCCCAUCAUCCCACUGCCAUGUGA